GAAGGCGCGUUUCUCUGCUGCCACGUUUGCUGCGACGACUGCAUUCAAGGCAGUCGGUGGUCUGUUUGAGUGGAGGUGGCUGUUGUGAAAGAAGGGCUCUCUCCCAAGGCAGCUCAACGAUCAAAGGAUGAGAGACUGGCCAUAGUUGGAAGAAUUCAGGGAGACAACAACGAGCAGAACCUUUCCAGUUUCAACCGAGCGGCCUUUCAGAGGCAUUCUCGUUUGUCUGAGGCUAUCUCCUUCUAUCUCCAGGUGCCAGCCAACGAAAUGGCAAUGAGACAGCUUGGCUUCCCACCUAGAUUCUAGAUUGACUGCGUCACUGCCUUCAUCUAGCAUCAAGGGAAGUUCUGGGCCCGUUGACUGCAGAAUUUGAGACAUUACCAAGAGGGCACAGGAAACGGCCGAGACAUAGUCCACCGCGGCUACACGUUGAGCAGAUGCGUGCCUGACUCUUGCGAGAUGCUGCAAAGGCAGGCGCACGAUCGAGACCAUCUCAAUCGUGCCGGCAGAGAUGGCCUGGUUGUCAUUAAGACUGACUGUUCGACCAAAAAUGAUGUCGGCCCUUUGUCGCGGGCGUUCUUCUCAGUGACUUUCCAAAGAGACACGUCGCAGCACUACUCAACGAGAUCAUACACCUUCAGCCAGCCGAAGCAAAUUAUCGGCCGCCACAAUUUGGGAACGGGUCACUAUCCUUUCACCACCGUCCACAUAUUGCCAUCCAUCCACGAGCGACGAUUUCCGCGUCCUCCGUGGCAAGGAGGGAGAGAUGUGUUCACCAUUCCUCCCAAUCGGGAUGACCGACAACCCCUUUUGGAACAAACGAGAACCUCGCCUUAGCGCUCCCGUAGAACGGAAAGCGCGUGUAAACAGGAAAAUGUGAACAGGAGAUCGAAGCGUUGGCGUGUCGAUGUGUCGACGAACGGACUGUCUCCUUGUUGGAACAGAUCGCGAAUACUGGGUUGUGGGCAAGGCACAAUGCUCGAGGCGGUGGUGUAUAUUGUUUCCCACCACAUACAUUUAUUUACCUAGAAUAUCGUGGCCCGGCAACUCGGAAGACACAUCAUCGAGUAUAGAUAUUAAUUGAAGGCCCA